CACGUCCAUGCCAUGAUGUCCGACGCGCACCGACUUCAACUUGCACCCCAACCACCACUAGCUCUCCCGCCCCCGCCAUGGACGCGCCAGGAGGUGCGACGAGCCCGCUGUCCUGGGCCAACGUAAGCCUCGCGUUCUCGUUCAUCGUCUUCGAUGCCGUCGUCUCGCUCGCUUUUGGGUUGGGGGUCGGAAGUGGGCUCGUCACGGCCGCGCUGCGGUGCAUCGGACAGCUCAGCGUUGUGGCGCUAGUGCUACAGCAGGUAUUCGCGACGAAUAAUCCGUGGGCGGUGGCGGGUAUAGCUCUCUUAUUGAAUUUGAUGGGCACCAUCGAGACUGUGGUGAACAAGUCGAAGAAGCGAUACGCAUUCAUGUUCCCUUCAGUACUCGUGGGCAUGCUUGGAUCCACAAUACCCGUAUCUAUUAUUGGCAUCCGCUUUGCCAUGGCGGUUGAUCCAUUUUGGAAACCAGAACAAUACAUCCCCGUUGUGGGUAUGCUCUGCGGCAGCACAAUCUCGGGAAUUGUCGUGUCGGUGUCCUAUGUCCUGAAAGAACUACAUGACAAUAGCGACAAAGUCCAGAUGUACCUCGCCUUCGGCGCAUCUAGGUUCGAAGCGUGCAAACCAAUCGCAAAGGAGGCGUUGCGGCUCGCACUCACUCCCAACAUCAACCAAAUGAGCGUACUCGGAAUCAUCGCCAUCCCCGGUAUGAUGACAGGUGCGAUUCUCGGAGGCUCGUCCGUGGAGCAAGCCGCACGCCUACAAAUGGUGAUCAUGUUCAUGAUAUCCUCGUGCACCGCGCUCUCGUCGAUCGCGACCACGAUCCUCGCGCUCGGCGUCAUCGUGGAUAACGAGCAUCGCGUGCGCCCGGACCGCAUUGACGUGCGCCCGCACGCGGUCUGGCGUGCGCGCAACUACGUCGUCGGCAGGGUGGUGGAGAAGGCGAAGGCCGCGGGGAGCAGGGCGUGGAAAAAGACGAGGCCCGUCAUUACGAGGGCGGAAAAGGGGGGAUCGCGCGGACAGGCAGAGACUACUGCCCGGAGGGAGCCAAUGACACUGCCAUAUGGAUUGUAACUCACGCCAGGAAAUAACCGAGAGUAUUUUUGUUCUCUCUUUAUCGCUACUGUUGCAGCACCAUGCAAUGUUG